UUAUUGUCUAAUUUCUGUUCGUUUUGUUACAGGGCACAAUCAUGAGCGAAGCAGAAGCCAACAUUGGUACCCAACAGAUACAAGGGGCAAGCGAGAGUCUCUUCGGCACCCUAGACAUUGUUUUACUAGCACUCAUCGUUGGAGGAAUUAGUUGGUAUCUCCUCAAUAAACAUAAGAAGACCAAAACGAUAGCAAACGGUAGAUCAUAUUCAAUACAACCCACCUCUAUCAACCUCCAAACAUCAACAGACAACUCCUUCAUAAAGAAACUCCAGUCUUCAGGUAGGAGUCUCGUAGUCUUCUAUGGAAGUCAAACCGGAACCGGUGAGGAAUUUGCCGGUCGGCUCGCUAAAGAGGGAGUUCGGUAUCGAAUGAAGGGUAUGGUCGCCGAUCCCGAAGAAUGUGAUAUGGAAGAAUUAGUCAAUUUAAAAAAUCUGCCGAACUCACUAGCAGUAUUCUGUCUGGCUACUUACGGUGAGGGUGAUCCUACUGAUAACGCCAUGGAAUUUUACGAGUGGCUACAGAACGGUGAUGCUGAUCUCACUGGACUAAAUUAUGCUGUAUUUGGAUUAGGAAACAAAACGUACGAGCAUUACAACAAAGUCGCCAUCUAUGUAGAUAAACGUCUCGAGGAAUUAGGAGCCACUAGACUCUAUGACCUUGGUCUUGGCGAUGAUGAUGCUAACAUCGAAGAUGACUUCAUUACAUGGAAAGACAAGUUCUGGCCCGCUGUUUGUGAACACUUUGGCAUCGAAUCAACCGGAGAAGACAUCAAUAUGCGUCAAUACAGACUUGAAGAGUUCGAGGAAACUCCAGACAGGGUAUUUACCGGAGAAAUGGCUAGGUUACAGUCCCUCAAGAACCAAAGACCGCCCUAUGACGCCAAAAAUCCCUUCCUCUCGAAGGUCAAAAUCAACAGAGAGCUCCACAAAAGUGGCGACAGAUCUUGCAUGCACAUCGAAUUCGACAUCGAGGGUUCCAAAAUGCGUUACGAUGCUGGCGACCAUCUUGCCGUCUAUCCUAUCAACGACAUAGAACUCGUCGAGAAGCUGGGAAAAUAUUGCGGCAAGGAUCUUAACACCAUAUUCAGCUUGAUUAAUACCGAUGAAGAUUCCAGCAAGAAACACCCCUUCCCGUGCCCUUGCUCGUACAGGACUGCUUUGAUGCACUAUGUGGACAUAACGCAAAAUCCGAGAACGCACGUGCUAAAAGAAUUGGCUGAGUACUGCACUGAUCCAGCCGAAAAAGAAAAGUUAAAAUCCAUGUCGACUACCACUCCGGAAGGAAAAGCUCUUUACCAAAAAUGGAUCAUCGAAGACAACAGGAACAUUGUUCAUAUUUUGGAAGACAUGUCUUCCUGUCAUCCUGCUUUGGACCAUCUUUGUGAAUUGCUGCCCAGACUACAGCCCAGAUAUUAUUCGAUUUCCUCGUCGCCCAAGUUGUAUCCUAAUACAGUUCACAUCACAGCGGUCUUAGUCGAAUAUGACACUCCAACUGGUCGCCACAAUAAGGGUGUCGCUACUACUUGGUUGAAAACUAAAAUGCCUGAUCCCGAGAAAGAACUUCCCACAGUUCCAAUUUUCGUUCGUAAAUCUCAAUUCAGAUUGCCCACUAAGCCACAAACUCCUAUCAUUAUGAUCGGACCUGGAACUGGUUUUGCUCCCUUCAGAGGAUUUAUCCAGGAUAGGAAUCUUUGUAAAGAGGAAGGAAAACCCGUAGGAGACACAGUGCUUUAUUUCGGCUGCAGAAAGAGCAGUGAAGAUUACAUUUACGAAGAAGAAUUAGUUGAAUACCAUAAGAGCGGUCUACUUACAUUGCAUUUAGCCUUCUCUAGGGAUCAAGCCAAAAAGGUCUACGUCACGCAUCUAUUAGAGCAACAAGCCGACGAAGUUUGGAAGAUUAUUGGAGAGAAUAACGGACAUAUCUACAUUUGUGGUGAUGCUAAGUCCAUGGCCACCGACGUUCGUGCUAUCCUUAUAAAAAUAUUGCAAGAAAAAGGAUCUUUGACCGAAGAACAAGCUACAGCAUACCUGAAGAAGAUGGAAACGCAGAAACGUCUAUCCGCCGACGUAUGGAGUUAA